AUGCCUAUCACCGGCCCUCUAACCACGGCACCUAACUUUUCGUUUCGUCUUGACACGGAAUGCGUCUUGGAAACGACCGAGCGUGAUGGAAACGCUAACACAAACGAAGUGGACGAGUCUGAACGAGUCGUCACUGGGUUCGGGUUCUUGGGUUCUCUCGGCGACCUUGUCACGGAUGCUGUGAACACUGCAGUUAAGGCGGCUGUCGGCGUCAAUCCAGUCGCCGCAGGCGUUGACAUUAACCAGUUCAACCAGAUCAUCAAGCUGGCUCAGAGUGCAGGGCUUGCCGCAGCCCAGGUACUCACUCCCGAGCAGGUAGCCAUGCUGGGCAUCAACUCAAGCCAAUUCUACAGCAUCAUCGGCGGGGCUGUAGGCGUGACAGCACAGCCCGUCCAGCAGACCGUCGCCCAGGCGGUCAAGAUCAAUAAAGACUUCCCUAGCUUGUGGUUCGUCAACUUUCCUAAGCAUAUGGAGUCUCAGGACGUGGCUUUAGUGCAUCGCUCUCGGCAGAACAUGACCGACUUCAGGUCCUGGUCGAGUCAAAAGUGGUGGGAGGAGGUUGCGCGUCGCGACGGCGUGCCUGAAGACAUGUUCCAGCGAGCAAGGCAGAGCAAACUGUUUGCGAAGAUUGCCUGCGAGGACAUGUGUAGAAUGUCAUGGUACGAGGCUCUCAGGUUCCUGAUUCCGGUGACACAUGACAAAACUAACAUGUUUUCAUCACAAAGGCUGCGCACGACGAAGCCACCCAUCGACAUCAAUCGCAGCAUCCGAUGUAUGGCUGGAACGCUUCAUCAUAAUAUCGUUUCGCAGGUGAUGAGCGACUGGGGGAGCGUUGAUCGCGAUAUCGUGGAUGCCGUAGAGCCACUGCUCCAGGAUAUUGUCCGCUCAGCACGGGCGGGCGCCAUUCCACAGGAAGCCGGCGAGCUGAAGGUGGUGAUCCUGGAGAAAUAUGAGUGGGACGCAAACGCUCGAAGCGUCACAUCUUACAUACGUCUCAUCUCAUUUGAGCUUAGCGAGGCUUUUUACAAAGUCAUUAGCAACAAGAGUGACCCGAUGAGCUAUGUCAGCGUAGACCUUGCGCUGCUUCAGUAUGAGGCAGUGUUCGAAAGCUCUCUCUGGAACCAGUUUGCUUUGACUCUCGAGAAGGACCAGAAGGAUCCCUUUCAGGAUUUCAUUAACUUGCAAACAAUCAACAUCACGUAG